AUGAGCCGCGCGCGUGGGGCGCUGUGCCGGGCCUGCCUCGCGCUGGCCGCGGCCCUGGCCGCGCUGCUAUUACUGCCGCUGCCGCUGCCCCGCGCGCCCGCCCCGGCCCGGACCCCCGCCCCGGCCCCGCGCGCGCCCCCAUCCCGGCCUGCCGCCCCCAGCCUGCGGCCCGACGACGUCUUCAUCGCGGUCAAGACCACCCGGAAGAACCACGGGCCGCGCCUGCGGCUGUUGCUGCGCACCUGGAUCUCCCGGGCCCGCCGGCAGACGUUUAUCUUCACCGACGGGGACGACCCUGAGCUCGAGCUCCAGGGCGGUGGCCGUGUCAUCAACACCAACUGCUCGGCGGUGCGCACCCGUCAGGCCCUCUGCUGCAAGAUGUCCGUGGAGUACGACAAGUUCAUUGAGUCCGGGCGCAAGUGGUUCUGCCACGUGGAUGAUGACAAUUAUGUGAACCCCAGGAGCCUCCUGCAUCUGCUCUCCAGCUUCUCACCCAGCCAGGACGUCUACCUGGGGCGGCCCAGCCUGGACCACCCCAUCGAGGCCACCGAGAGGGUCCAGGGUGGCAGAACUGUGACUACGGUGAAGUUCUGGUUUGCUACUGGUGGGGCCGGUUUCUGCCUCAGCAGAGGCCUUGCUCUCAAGAUGAGCCCAUGGGCCAGCCUGGGCAGCUUCAUGAGCACAGCUGAGCAGGUGCGGCUGCCGGAUGACUGCACAGUGGGCUACAUCGUGGAGGGACUCCUGGGCGCCCGCCUGCUGCACAGCGCCCUCUUCCACUCUCACCUGGAGAACCUGCAGAGGCUGCCGCCGGACACCCUGCUCCAGCAGGUUACCUUGAGCUAUGGGGGUCCUGAGAACCCACAUAACGUAGUGAACGUGGCUGGAGGCUUCAGCCUGCAUCAGGACCCCACACGGUUUAAGUCUAUCCACUGCCUUCUCUACCCAGACACAGACUGGUGUCCCAGGCAGAAGCAGGGCGCCCCGACCUCUCGGUGACACCAACCACCCCUGACCCAGGGCUGCCUGGCUCUGUCCCAGGCGCGGGGAGCCAGAGCCCCCUAUGGCCUCGGUGGGCUCCCUCAGAUGCCAUGGCUACACCAGUGAGAUGCAGGCACCUGGCAGACCCUCUGGCUAACCUGCAGCCCCCCCCUCCCAGCCCCUGGUGGGCUGCGGUGAUGGGUGUUUUGGGAGAACGAAGACAGCUAGGCUGAUGGCCAGGGCCGCAGUGCCCCUCCCCCCGACCCAGCCGCAGAGUUGAUCCCAUGGGAACAGGCUUCUACCCCAGCACUUGAGCACCUGGGAGGGAGCUGCCAUCCAGGCUCCAUUACCUGUUGCUGAAGGCGGGUGCUAGGCUGAUUAGGUGCCGAAGAGCAGGCUCCAAGCCAAGGUCCUGGCCUAGCCACGGCCAUUGCAAGGGCUCAGCCUGGCAGGCUUUGUGGGGGACGCCGCCCUCUCUGCCGCAGGCCGGGUGCAUGGCCGGGCACCACAGUGGGACUCAGGCUCGGGAAGGUCAUGCUCUCGGCCAGAGCUUUGCUCCCAGUCCGGGCGCUUCAUUCGGAGGCCUCUUGACUGGGACCACAGAGAUGUUUUCUCCGCUCUGACUUGUGGCUCGGGACUACUUUCUGGGUCGUGCUCCUGCCCCACCGUGCCUGGGCCCGUAAACAACAGGAGUCUUUGUUCCGCUGACCUGCCCAUCCCACCUCCCUGCCUGGUGCCUUCCAUGGAGGGAAAUGGGACAGGGGCCGUCAUCUCCCCUCUGCCUCCUGCUUUGCUGUUGCCGAGCACGAGUAAAGUCUCUGUCCUUA